AUGUCAUCUACCAAAAACGCAUAUCACGAUCCUACAUUGCCGACAACUAGUAUCAGUAGAGUGGUACCGUACAAGCGCAAGGUUCCAGGACGUUCCGCACGGAGACGCCGGAAAAAGCUCUUGGAUAUACAGAGAGCCGUAAGCGCAAUUAAUGAUUCACAAACAGGUUCACACUGUCCGAUAGACAAGCCCUCGGUCAUACCGCAAGAUCGGUCUAGAGUGUGGCCGGCGGUGGUCGAAAAAAGGAACGAGUUUGGAUGGAACAACGACGACGAAAAUCUUCUAAUCGCGCAACUGGGCUACCUUCCCGGCAACGCGAUCCGUGUCACUUGUCGCAGAACUCAUUCGGAAGAACUUACCGGAUCUCCGCACGAAGAAAGCAGUACCGGAAAUGACGAUCCCGUGGUUGUUCAGCUGUAUCCAAUCGUCCUCCGGGAGGAGUAUUCUGGAGGAAAGUCGGACGGCCGAAAAUUCAAAGGCAGAAAGCGGCAAAAACUACAACCACUGGAUGAUGACCAACAGGGGACCAGCGGAACGCCAAUGGACGGAAUUGUCCUGGAGCCGUUCCCUACCAUGUACUGGUUAGUGAAUCCACUGUUGCGAGCGCAAAUAUCCAAGCUGGAAGUGGAAGGCUAUGGAGCAAAUUUUCAGCAACGUCUCGCGGAGAAUUCGGACGAAUUGGCAAGAAUGAAACGAGCCCACGAUGCCUACGGUAAAGAGAGGUUGGAUCUGCUGACGGCUCCGGAUCGGCAACUUAUUCAAUCUCGUCGAUGGGAGAGCGCGUUCGCGAUUGACCGCGGGGUUGCCGGAAUACGCAAUUUUGGCAGCGUCAAGUGUCUGCACGCACACACCGCGCAUUACCUCAGUGGUAAUAGCGACAACUUGAUUGGUCAGUGGGUCAUGGAAGCCAUUGCUUCUAAAGCUGAAGUGGGCACAAACGGCGUGGCAGCUUUGAAAGCGAAUGAAGAAUCGGAAUCAUAG